AUGUCCACAGACAGAGUGCCGGUAACCGUCAGCUAUCGAAAACGAGGCCUCGCGCCUCCAGUAUUCGUAGCUGGCUCGUUCGCUGAUCCGCAUUGGGAACUGCAGGAAAUGCACGGCGUCAUUGACGAAUCCGGAGAGCAUCACUUUACUAUUCAAGUCCCUGUUGAGCCCGGAAAGGAGUAUUACUACAAGUUCAAAGCCGCCAACCAGGACGACUGGGUGUUGGAUGAGCAUGCCACCGUCGUCAAAGACGACCUGGGGAAGCCCUGCAAUCUGCUCAAAGUCCCCAUGACUAGCGACGCCGCACGCCGGGCUCAUACGCCGCUCGUCGAAGCUACCGAGCGGCUGGACGACGGCUCCCCCGCGGCACCAGGCCAGGAGACCAUCGUAGCCUCGGGCCCCAAGUCGCUGCUGCCCAAUGCGUUCCAGGACAAGGCACGACCGGCGGGUCAUCGAUCCGGGACUCCCAUCAAGGAAGUUGCAGAGGUUGCUGCAGAGGUUGCUGAUACGGCGGCAAAGCUCGACGAGCUGCAAACCACAACAUCGUCACCGAUGCCCGCCCGGGUACGCGUGAAUAAGAACGAGGCCGUGGAGGAAGAAAUGGCAACACCCUUGUUUGCUCAUGAGGCCUUCGGAGCGUACGACUUUGUCCAUGACGGUCUCGACCACGACGACUUUGGCAAGAACCCCAAGUCGCCCAGUUCCAUGGUGUCAGAUAGUGGCUGCAGUCUUGGGGAUGUGGAUAUCGACGAUCCCACAUUGGAGGAGUUUCCCUCUGACAAAUCAUCCGUGAUUGAUACUUUGCGAAAGAUUCAAUCGAGCACAGACGAGGGCCGAUCUAGCUUUGAAGAUGGACAGCACUCCACCCCCGCAACGUCGAGAAGGACGAGCCUGGACUCUUUGGACGGAAAUGGUGGACAGCUGAGCCCAACAUCAGCGAGAAAGCAAGACAACAGGGCCUCAAGAAGUAGUUUUGGCCGCCCGCGAUCCGCAGUCUCAUUGGAAUGCAUUGACGAGGAACCGAAAGCCUCUGGGGACGUAAGCCCCGGGACGAAAUACGACUCGGAGACACAGGCUACUGGAACGCAGGGCGACGGGAGCACAACCGACGAGGAUAGUGGGCUGGUGAUGAAACCUGCCAAAGCGUGA